AUGCACAGUGGCUGGGCUUACCAACAUGUGGGUGCAAAAAUGAACUAUGAUGUUGUAUUAAUAUUUUCACCCUGCUUAGCUCUCAUUAAAAUGUACUUUGCUGAAUUGAACAGGCGCCUUCGAAUGACACAACGAAGGAUCCAGCACAUCUUGUGUACAGGGUGCAGCUGUACACAGCUUUCUCUCGGCACCAAGGAGAGCUAUGACUACCUCAGGACACUGGCUGGGGACAGCUGUGUGGUUAGUAGGCACUCUGAGAGCUGGAAUUACCCUGAAAAGAAGGUUGUAACUGUUUGGCAGUUCAGGAUUGGGCUGAUUCAUGGUCAUCAGAUUAUUCCUUGGGGUGACGUGGCCAGCCUGGCGCUGCCGCAGAGGCAGCCGGGUGCGGACACUGUCAUCCUGGGGGACACGCAGAGGUUUGACACCUUUGAACACUACAUCGACCCAGGAUCAGCUACAGGAGCCUGGAGUGCUUUGGAAAUGAACAUCAGCCUUUCCUUUGUACUGAUGGAUAUCCAGGCUUCCACCCCUGUGGCUGCUGGAUGCCAGCUAAUUGAAAACGGCAUGGAAGCAGAAAGAGUUGAGUUCAAGAAGGACGAGAGCUGGACGUUUCUGUCUCUGUUUUGUGCCUGGAGAGCUGGUAUUUCUCUAGCUCCUUCCCAUCCUCCAAGUCCUCUGGAAGUGUGA